GUCCGGUGAAAACAUGAUGCCGACCGAUCUGGAGCUGAACCGCGUGAUCAACAACAUCCAGGAGCUGCUGUACAACGCGUCCGACGUCAGCCACGACCGCUGCGUCAAAGUCCUCACAGCCAGAGCCAAGGACGGCUCUCUGGAGCGUCUGAGCUCGGCGGAGUUCGUGUGUCUCUCUCAGGCCGUGGAGGGUUUCGUCAGGGACACCGAGGAGUUGUGCGGCAGGCGCAGCGUUUCCCUGAGGGGGGCGCUGCAGAGCCAGGCGAACCGCUUCGUCCACCGCUUUCAUGACGAGCGCAAGACCAAACUCAGCCUCCUCCUGGAUAACGAGCGCUGGAAGCAGGCGGAGGUUCCUGCCGAGUUUCAGGAUCUCGUGAACUCCAUCGCUGAUGGAAGAAUAACACUACCAGAGCGCAAAAUCCCAGGUCCAGAGGACAGGAAGCCCACCGAGUUUCUGCUCGUCAACGGGCAGAAAUACGCCGUCGUCGGGACGGUUCUGCUGCUGAUCCGGAUCUUUCUGGAAUACUGUCAGUGUGUCAACGACAUCCCAUCCAUCGCCACCGACAUGCUGACGCGUCUGUCGGACCUCCUCAAGCACUUCAACUCUCGGAGUUGCCAGCUGGUUUUGGGAGCCGGAGCUCUGCAGGUCGUCGGCUUGAAGACCAUCACCACCAAAAACCUCGGUACGACCAGCUGCACGUCACAUCUGUGAGGUUAACGAAGUAAAAACAUACAGGAGAGUUUCCU